CAGCUCGUUUUCUUGGAAAUCAGUCAAAUGGGUUACUUCUAUUUUAUCGAUUUCUUCAGCAUAUUCAUUAGUUUUGUUGGAUUGCUUUAUUAGAAACUGGCAUUCUCAGACCCUAUGAAUGCUAAAUGUUCUAAUUAUAAUGUGCUCUUGAAAUUGUGGUGAACUGAAAGGAAUUCUGACUUGCAAGUUUGUGUUGAAGAAAGACCAGUCCUAAGAUGAACAUUUUCAAACAAUUAGCACCCAUCAAAUGUGGGUUUAGAGGUGCUGCCAUAAAAUCUUGUAGAGCGUGCCUUUCUUUAUUCCAUUCGUCUCCAGACACUUCUGUGGCAGUUCAUGUACAAGAACAUGAAAUAGUAAUAACUUUAGGAAGCAAUGUGGGGGAUAGACUUCAUAACUUUAAUGAAGCAUUGCAGUUGAUGAAGAAAUCAGGCAUACACAUUGCAAGGCAUGCCUGUUUAUAUGAGACGGAGCCUGCUUAUGUGACGGAUCAACCUCGCUUCCUCAAUUCUGCUGUUAGAGGUGUUACAAAACUCGGGCCUCAUGAACUGUUGGGAGUACUUAAGAAGAUUGAGAAGGACUUGGGGCGUACUGAUGGGAUAAGGUAUGGUCCAAGACCAAUUGACUUGGACAUACUGUUUUAUGGGAAAUUCAAAAUUUCUUCCGAGAUUCUUACAGUACCCCAUGAAAGAAUUUGGGAGAGACCGUUUGUAAUGGCUCCAAUGAUGGAUUUGAUCGGAUCAUCUAUCGACAGUGAUACUGUUGCACGAUGGCAUGAUUUGUCAGUCCAUUCGGGUGGACUUUUUGAAUCAUGGGAGAAACUUGGCGGUGAAUCCCUUAUUGGGAAGGAUGGAUUAAAAAGGGUUUUGCUUGUUGGAAAUCGCUUGUGGGACUGGUCGGAAAGAACAUUUGUCAUGGGUAUCCUUAAUCUGACCCCAGAUAGUUUCAGUGACAGAGGGAAGUUUCAGUCUGUGGACGCUGCAGUCUCUCAGGCCCAUUUCAUGAUUUCCGAGGGUGCAGAUAUAAUUGAUCUUGGUGCACAAUCCACACGCCCAAUGGCACCUAGCGUUUCUGCUGAGGAAGAAUUGGAUAGACUAAUCCCCGUUUUAGAAGCUGUCUUGAAAAUGCCCGAGGCUGAAGGGAAACUCUUAUCUGUGGAUACUUUUUAUUCCGAGGUUGCUUCAGAAGCGGUCAGCAAAGGGGCUCAUCUCAUAAACGACGUGUCUGGUGGACAAUUAGACUCCAAAAUGCAUAGUGUUGUGGCACGCCUUCAGGUACCUUAUGUCACAAUGCACAUGAGGGGGGAUCCGUCUACAAUGCAAAAUAGCAAAAACCUGCAAUAUGACGAUGUUUGCAAACAGGUUGGGUCAGAGUUAUACUUGCGGGCUAGAGAUGCUGAAAUAGCGGGUAUCCCAGCUUGGAGGGUUAUUAUUGACCCAGGAAUUGGAUUCUCAAAAAAUACUGAACAAAAUUUGGACAUUCUCAUGGGCUUAUCAACCAUUCGAGCAGAGAUUGCGAGGAAGAGUUCAGGUUUGUCUCAUGCUCCGCUAUUGAUCGGACCUUCGAGGAAGAGAUUUUUAGGUGAUGUUUGCAGUCAACCUGACGCAGUUGAUAGAGAUCCGGCAACUGUUGCAUCUGUCACAGCUGGGGUUUUGGGUGGAGCAAAUAUUGUGAGAGUACAUAACAUUAGAGAUAAUCUUGAUGCUGUGAAGCUUUGUGAUGCAAUGCUGAAAAGGAGAUAGAUCUUUUGCAUGAUGAGAAACAAACAAUCAUGCAAAUUUCAAAUUUUGAUUUAAAUUUUGUAUGUCAUCGAGUUAUACCUAAAUGAAUGUAGUCCAUCUGCUUCAUUUUCUUCAUUUUUUAGUCAGUUUUUGAG